CUCUAUGCUUUUAUUGUUUAGCUGAGGUGAUGAAUUCCGGAAGGAAAUUCUUCAUCACAAAGGAAAUUAUUGUUUCAUCACAUCCAUGUCUUCCACUUGGCCAAGCCUUUAACUCCAAUGUUUUCCUUCUUCUUCAUCUUCUCCAAUUGCUUCUUCUUCAUUCCUUUGUUUUGUGAGGGAGGUUGCUAGCUGGGAAGUUUUUGGAGCUUCGAUUUUCAGCUGAGUUCUCUUUUCACCUCUCUUUUCCGCCCAUGGUAUUUGUUCGGGGUUGGGUUUGGAAUUUUGUCAUAUACCAGAUGGGAAGAGGAAAGACGGAGAUGAGGAGGAUUGAGAAUGCUACAAGUAGGCAGGUGACCUUCUCUAAACGCCGAAAUGGACUUCUGAAGAAGGCCUUUGAGCUUUCAGUACUUUGUGAUGCUGAGGUUGCUCUCAUCGUCUUCUCUCCGCGUGGCAAGCUCUAUGAGUUUGCUAGCUCCAGCAUGCAGGAGACAAUUAAUCGAUACAUGGCGCAUUCAAAGAACAUCAACAUUGAAAAGAGAAUGCCUGAACAAAAUGCACAGCAAUUGAAGCUUGAAGUUGCAGCCAUGGCAAAGAAGAUUGAGCUUCUUGAAGGCUACAAAAGGAAGCUCUUGGGUGAGAGUUUGGGAUCAUGCUCAAUGUUUGAAUUACAUGAAAUAGAGUCUCAACUGGAGAAGAGCCUGAGAAACAUAAGAGGGAAAAAGCAUCACAUGCUAGCUGAACAAAUUGCUGAAUUGAAAGAAAAGGAAAAGACUCUCACUGAAGAAAACUUGGUAUUGCGCCAUAAGGCAGAGUUUUCAUUGGAGUCAAAUGAGAACAGAGAAACUGUUGAGAAUGAUGAAAACGGUGAAGAAGAUAUUGAAGUAGAGACAGAACUGUUCAUUGGGAGGCCGGGGAGCAGAAGACAGUGCAACAUUAAUGCUUGAUUGGUUUGCGAAGUUUUUAAAUCAUAAUCUAAAUGAUUUUAGUGUUUUCAUGGGCUGAAUGCAUGCUUGAUUGCUCAUAUCCAGGAAUAUGUAAUAAAAGUGGCAAUUGUCAAGCAAUAAAAUGUAAUAUUUUUGUAAUUUUUCUGGAAAACAUAUCAACAGUUAAAAACAUAAGGCCUGUUUGUUUUGGU